AUGCCUUCAUUAAAGACAAUCAAAGAAUCUAGAACAGAUGUGUUAAUCAUUGGUGCUGGUCCAUCGGGAUUGAUGUGUGCUGUAUGGUUAGCAAGAUGUGGAAUCCCAUUCAGAAUCAUUGACAAACGAGCAGGAAAGAUAUAUGCUGGCCAAGCUGAUGGUUUACAAAGCCGUUCAUUUGAAAUAUUCCAAUCAUUUAGUGAAGAUCAAUUUGAUUUCGUCACUUUGGACAAAGCAUGGAAAGCUUCCAACGAUAUGAUGGAGAUGAGUUUCUGGUCCCCUAAUGAAAAGGGAGUUUUGGGAAGAAAAUCACGUAUUCCUGAUUUCAUUCCUGGUAUUUCAAGGUUCCAUGAAUGUGUUAUCCAUCAGGGCAAGAUUGAAAACUGGCUCCAAAAUUCGAUUGAGGAGUUUUCUGAGGGGAAAGUUAAAGUCGAACGUCCAUAUAUGCCAGUUUCCAUCAAGAUUGACGAGACUAUGAAAGGUGAUCAGGAUUAUGCCGUUGAAGUUUUGGUCAAGAAGGUGUCGGAUGAUUUGGCCAACCCGGAACAAUAUGGCAAAAUAGCCAAUGGAUUGUUUAGACAAUUUGACGGGGAUCAAGACAAGUUUUAUGCGGACCAUGUAAAUGAUGGCAAUGUUGAAGACUUUGAACUUAUCAAAGCCAAGUAUGUCCUUGGAUCUGAUGGUGCCCACAGUUGGGUUAGAAAACAAUUGGACAUUGAAAUGCAAGGAGAGUCCACCGAUUUCAUUUGGGGAGUUGUUGAUAUUGUUCCAAUUACCGAUUUCCCUGAUAUUAGAAGCAGAUGUGCUAUCCAUUCCAAAGAUAGCGGAUCAAUGAUGAUUAUUCCAAGAGAAAAUGAUAUAUGCCGUCUCUACAUCCAAUUGAAAGAAGUUGCCAGAGAAGAGGAUGGCAGUGAGGGUGCCGGUGCUGAUGGGGGUGCCAAAUCAAAGGGAAGAAUCGACAGGUCCAAAAUCACUCCCGAAUCUAUUGUCAGACAAGCCAAGGAAAUCAUCCAACCUUUCAACUUGGACGCUACUGAUGUAAGUUGGUUUACCGGGUAUCAAAUCGGACAGCGUGUCGCUACUGGAUUCCACAGAAACAACCGUGUAUUCAUAUCCGGAGAUGCAUGCCACACCCAUUCACCAAAAGCAGGUCAAGGUAUGAAUGUGUCUAUGCAAGAUGCUUACAACUUAGGAUAUAAGUUUGCCCUUGUUUGUAAAGGAUUGGCCAAGCAAGAAAUCUUGCAAACUUAUGAAUUGGAGAGAAAGAAGGUUGCUCACGACUUGAUUGAAUUUGAUCACAAGUUUUCUCGUUUGUUUAGUGGUAAACCCAUGAUUCCAAGUGCCGAAAAAUUGGAGGGGUCCAAUGAAGAUGGUGGUGUUGAUUUGGAUGAAUUCCAUCAAGUUUAUGUCCAAGGUGGUAAAUUUGCCAGUGGAACAAUUUCCGAUUAUCAAGACUCAAUCAUGGUUAAUAAAACUGGGGCCAAAGCCCGCGAAGGCGAAGAAUCAGAAGGGGUUUUCCAUCCAUUGGCUAAUAAAGUCCCCGUUGGAAGAAGGUUGCUUAGUGAUUUCGUGUUGGGUCAAAUUGAUUACAAAUUGUUGCAUUUGGUUGACAAGAUGCCAUCGGAUGGAAGAUUUAGAGUUUUGAUUUUCCCAGGAGAUUUACAACAGUUCAAGUCCAAUUGGGAUAUAUUGAACAAGUUCAACGAUGCACUUGAAGAGAAGGAUAGUUUUAUAAAGCGUUAUACCCCAGUUAAUGCUUUCCCCAGCUCAGUGAUUGAGAUAUUAACCAUUCACGCAUCCACAAGAAACGAUAUUGAGUUCCAUGAUUUCCCGCAAUUUACCAGAUCUAUCGACUUCAAGGGACGUACUGAUUACUGGAGAAUUUUCAGUGGUGCUGGAAAAGCCUAUGAUGGAACUGCAGUUGAUAUCUACAAGACCUAUGGAAUUGACAAGCAAGCAGGUGCAAUCUUGAUUGCAAGACCUGAUACACAUGUGGCUCAAGUGGUUGAGUUCUCCGUGGGUGGAUUGAAACAAGUUGAUGAAUAUUUCAGCAAGUUUAUGAUUGACCAGAGAAAUAAUGUCUUGCCAGAAAAGGACAAGAGUGUUAACGAUGCCAUCAGGUUUGUUCAACCAAAAUUGGCAGUCUAG